UGCAGCAGUUGGGGCCGGCAGGCUGCACAGACCCUGCUGCCAUGCCGGGUGCCCCACUGCUUGCUUUGGGUCCCCCCGAAAGAGGCAAAAAGCAGCCGUCCAUCAUUCAGCUCUUGUGAGUCCCAGAGGUGCUCGGUGCCAGUUUGAUUUGCAGCCUUGAGUUUUGCUUCCUGGCCACCCGCAAUUGGUUCUGGGGGCGGGUGGGUUUGGGGGCAGCCCCUGGGACACGCUGUCCCUGCGGCACGGCUGGGAGAGGAGCUGCGGUGGGGACGGAGCAGCAGCCCAGGGCCCCGCCGUGCCCCCCGGACCCCUCACACCGCUGUGCGGGGGGAAACAGCCCGGCUACCCCCAUGGGGCACAGGGACACCCUGGACCAAUCCUGUGGACGUGGGGGGCUGCAACACGGGGUGAGGGGGUGUGGGACAGGGCUGGCAGCCCCCGGCAGACCCCUAUAGCCGGGGGCAGCAGUGGCAUCUCCGCAACGCAGUUGGCAUCGCCUCCCCCGGGCUGGCGCUGGCUGGGGCCCAUGUGAUCGAGGGGCUGCCCCGUCCCGCCGCGUCCAGCCGCCCGCACGGCGACGGAGCCAGAAGGUCGAGCCGGCGUCCCUGACGGAGCGUCCCCGGCACCGAGGAGGGUCCCCUGGCACCGGCUGGCACGCCCCGGGGUCAUCCUGCCACAAUGCCCCGCGGGAAGAGGGACCCCGUGCUGCUGCCCCAUGCGGACACGGAUGGCGAGGGGCUCCGCGGCGGUGGGGACGGCCAGCGGUCCGCGUCGGAGGAGGAGGGCCACCUCCCCGGCCUCCCCCGCGACGACCUCGCCAAGAGCAUGUCGGGCUCCUCCGUCUCCUCCUACCACUCCGCCCUGUGCUCCGAGGGGACCGAGACCUUCAAGGACUGCCUGGAGUUUCUGGACGAGGAGGGGACGCCCCCCCGGGACGCGGGGCGGCGAGGCGGCUGUGCCGAGGGGGCUGCUCCGGGGCGCUGGGCUCCGGGAGCCCCUGGUGUCCCCCCACCGCCCGGCCCCCUCGCCCGCCCGCGGCCGGCUCAGCUGUCCAGCGCGGCUAAGAAUAGCGCGGCGCCGGGGAGCAGGAUGGGUGCCCUCGGCGGGGACCGGCAGGCUGCCACCAGCACGGCCGCGGAGCCGGCUCGGCCGCGGAACCCCGGCGGGAUGCUCGGCGGGACGCCCAGCGAUUCGGACGAGCUGGACGGCGAGGUGCGGGCGCUGACGGCCAGGGCCUUCCGCAGCCUCUCGGGCCUCCCCGGCGCCCACCUCGACAUGUGCAGCUCCCACACCUCCUCCAGCCUCUCCAACUCGCUGUCGGAGGACGGCGGGCGGCCGCGGCGGUGGCCGGCGGGCGGCGGUGAGACCCGGGGCGCGGUGACAGCCCUCCAUGGCCGGGUGGGCUGGCCCUUCCCCACCGGCGUGGAUGGGGAGCUGCUGGGCUUGCUGGGGAAGGAGCAGUUCGAGUGCGUGGAUGUGGAGCUGGAGAGCGGGGAGGCCAGGAAGGGCCACGGCAAGAAGAGGACGGUCCCCAAGCGCCAGAUCCUGCUGAAGAGGAAGGAGAGGAAGGAGGCGGCUUUUGGCCCCUGGGGUGAUGGUCCAGCCCCCCAGCCGCUGCCCCCCUCCAGGAAGGAGCCCCCCAGCAAGGGCAGGGCCAUCGGAGAGGACUUCAGGCUCAACUACAAGCAGUUCAUGAAGACGGCCUCCCUGGACAGCGAUGCCAGCAAGACCAGGGCGGCCUCGUCCCUGGUGAAAAACGUCCUGGCCAAGAAGAUGCAGUACGAGCAGAGGAUCAAGAUGGAGCAGAAGGGGCUGCGGGGCAGCUCGACCUCCUCGGGUCCGUCCUCCGCCGGCACCGACCUGCUGGGUGACGGCCUGGAGGGCAAGUCCAGCUCGCUGUCCCGCUCCGACUGCAGCUUCUCCGCCGAGGACCUGCGAGGCGGCGGGAUGCCGGUGGCCGCGGUGGCCGCGGGGGACGCCAGCACCCGUCCCACCAAGGGGGUAGUGCUGAGCGAGGCAACGAGGGAGAGCGUCUGCAAGCUGAAGAAGACCUUCAACGAACUCAACGAGAGGAUGAAGUACCAGGAGGUGCUGGGGGGUCACCGGCUGCCCGGCGUCGCUGAGGAACCGGCGGCAGAGCGGAUCCGUUACCGGCGGGCUCGCGCCUUGUUCGAGCCCCCCCCCGAUGCGGGGAAGGCGCUGGACAUUGCCCCCCGGUUUGAGAGGGCGCCGAGGCCGUGGCCCAGCCUGCGGCAGCGAGCCAUCCGCCCCGGCCACCCCCAAACCCUCCCCGUGGAGCCCGACGGCCCCGCCGCGCCGCCCCGCCGCCUCUUCACCUCCCGGGCGCAGGACGUGAGGCUGGUGCCGCAGGGCCCGCGCGAGGAGAAGCCACCGGCCGUGCCCCGCCGGCCGCACAGCCCCGGCACCCCGGCACGGGGGUCCCCGCCGGCCGUGCCCCCCAAGACGGAAGAGAAGGGGAAGGGGCGCGUCCCCCAGCCCCGGGACGUGCGCAAGCUGGUGAAGAGCAGCUACAGCCUCUGCUUCGGGGCCGCCGGCGCAUCCCCCGGCACCGCAGCGCCGGUGAGCAGCGGGGAGCCGCCGCCGGCCGCCCCGCUCGUCAUCCAUUGCACCUCGGUCCGCCGGCGGGAGACGGCGCCGCAGCCAGGGGACGGGGACGUGCAGGCGGCCACCGGCCGAGAGGUGGCCCCGGCACACGCCGAGGGUCCCGCGCAGCUCGCCGGCAGCCAAGCCGCGCCCCAGCAGGGCUCCCCCGUCCACAUCACGAGGGUCCAGGCCACGCGGAGGGAUCCGGCCACCGCGGAGGGCCCCGCCGCAUCGCCCCCGCGCCGGGAGCGGAGCGAGCUCAGGCUGCCGCCGCGGGCGCCGCUGGCCGAGGGCGUCCCGCACGUGGAGACCCACCUCCAUGUGCUGGUGGGCCGGCGGUCCCCGGCGGCCGCAGACGCCUCCCCGGCGCAGAGCAGCGCGCUGCUGCGCACCGAGAAGACCGUCCUGCUCCCGCCGCCCGCUCCCACGGAGGGACAGGACGCACGUGGCCGCGGUGGCACCGGCGGGCUCUGUGCCACUGAGGGGCCCGGGUCAGCGGUGCAGCGGCACGGCAGCAGUGACGGCGGGGACCCCCGAGCAGUCCCCCCGGCCAGCGGCAACGUGCACCCACAGCCUUGGACAGCGGCGGCGAGCGGCGCGCCGAAGCCACCCACGGGCGAGCAGGGGUCGGCAGGGAGCAGCGGCUCUGCCGGCAGCACCAGCCCCCCCGCCGCCCCCUUUCGAGCCGGGGACGGUGAUGAAGGUCCCUCCGGGCAGCUCUCGGAGCGCAGGGAGGCCUGGGAGCACUCAGCGAAGUGGCCGGCGGACACCGAGACAUACCUGCCCGCGGAGAACUCCAACUACUUAGCAAUUCCUGUGAGAGCCCCCAAAUCCUCUCCCAUGCCGAAGCUGCCCAUGGUCCCCAACCCAGCCAGUGCGUCCUUCGGGACCCCCUCAGUCCCCAACCCAGCCAGUGUGUCCUUCGGGAGCCCCUCAGUCCCCAACCCAGACAGCAUGUCGUUUGGGACCCCUAUAAUCCCCCACCCAGCCAGCACAUCUUUUGGGAUCCCCAUGGCCCCCAACCAAGGGAGCACAUCCUUUGGGACCCCCUCAGUCCCACACCCAGCCAGUGCGUCUUUUGGGACCCCCAUGGUCCCCAACCGAGCCAGCACGUCCUUUGGAACCCACUCAGUCCCCAACCCAGCCAGUGGGUCUUUUGGGACCCCCAUGGUCCCCAACCAAGCGAGCACAUCCUUCGGGACGCCCUCAGUCCCCAACCCAGCCAGCGCAUCCUUUGGGACCCCCACAGUCCCCAACCGAGCCAGCACAUCCUUUGGGGCUCCCUCAGUCCCCCAGCCAAUGAGCGCAUCCUUUGGUGCCCCCACGGUCCCUAACACGACCAACUCCUCUUUAGGCUACCCAUCAGCCUCCAGCCUGGCCAGCAAAUCAUUUGGAGCUCCCUUGGUCUCCAACCCCACCAACAAGUCUUUUGGGACCCCCCUAAUCCCCUACCCAGCCAGCGCAUCCUUUGGGACUCCCUUGGUCCCCAACCUGUGUGGUGCAACCUUUGGGUCCCCUUUGGUCCCUAACUCAGCCAAUGUGUCCUUUGGGACCCCCUUGGUACCUAAUCAAUCCAGUGCAUCCUUUGGGCCCCCACUGGUCCCCAAUCCAUCCAGUGCAUCCUUUGGGACCCCCUCAGUCCCUAAUCUGACCAAUUCAUCACUUGGCUUCCCCUUGCUCCCCAACCCAGCCAGCUCAUCCUUUGGGUCCCCCUUGGUCACCAACCCAGUCCCCGCAUCCCUUGGGCACCCAUCGAUCUCCAACAUGGCCAGCUCAUCCUUUGGCUCCUCUUUGGUCCCCAACCCAUCUGGGGCUCCACUGGGGACCCUGCCAGGUGGGGAAGCACCCUGGAGCAAACAGGGCCCCGAUGCCCCCCUGCCCCGUCCCCCCGAGGGCCUGGUGUCCGCAGAGCGCCCGGUGCUGCUGCCCCCAGCCCAGCCCCAGCCUCGCCCCGAGGACACCCCCCAUCUCCUAAGGGGAACCGACGGCCCCUCACCGAGCAGCAAGAGCACACAGAGCCGCACCAAGCCCUUCGCCCCCCACCUGCCCACGCACCGGAGGAUGCUCGUCGAUCCCGACAGCGGGAAAUGCUACUACAUGGAGCCACCGCGGCAGCCCCAGCUGAAAACACUUUACGACCCUGAGACGGGGCAGUACCUGGAGGUGCUCAUCCCACCAGUGGCAUCGCACGCUGGGCUCUACCAGGCUCCUUUCAACCCCAUGGUCAUGGCCCCGGGGGUCUAUGCUCCACCCUAUGUGCCUUACAGCGGCUUCCCAGGGCUCCCGGCACCCCCACCGCCUGCUGCCCCCUCCCCGGUGCACCCCGAGCUGCCGGCUGCCGAAAACCCCAGCUUCUCAGGGACCUUCAGCCCCACUCCCAAGAGUGAGGGGCCACCCACUGCUGGUGGUCCCGACUGCGGGUACCUGGAGGGUCUGUACUACAUCCCCACGGGGAUGCGGGCCAGCCCCGGCCCUGGCCAGCCCCCCACCAGCCCCGAGAAGGGACCUCGGCUCCCAAUGUGACAAUUCUCAGUGGGGACAGACCCACCUGGCGUGUCCCUUCACUAGCAGCCAGGCUUCAACCCCAAAGUCAGCACCACAGACCCCCUGCCCGUGGUGCUGAGGGGCAACGGGCGCCGGCUGGACCUCACCGGCUCCUUGUGGAAACUGGGAGAUAAAGGGUAUUUUCCGGUGCGAGCAUAUGGCAGCUCCAGCGGGGCUCAAAGUCGUGGGCCCUGGUCAGCAAAGGGAUCCCUUUGCAUGGCCCCCCUUUCCCUGUCCUGUGCCGAGGGUGACCUGGGCUGGUCGGCAGAGGGGGACGAUGGCCCGGUCACCGCCAGCCCCCCAGCCACAGCUGUGGCACAGUCUCCCUAAAAUAGUAAUAAAAAUGCUGAGAAGAGCAUUAAAUCCUA